AUAGUGCGGAUGGAUGGAUCAAACCCUAAGUCGAUGGAUGGAUCAAACCCUAAGUCGAUGGAUGGAUCAAACCCUAAGUCGAUGGAUGGAUCAAACCCUAAGUCGAUGGAUGGUUCAAACCCUAAGUCGAUGGAUGGUUCAAACCCUAAGUCGAUGGAUGGAUCAAACCCUAAGUCGAUGGAUGGAUCAAACCCU